UCAGUAUUCAGUUCUCGGUCGGAUUUCAUUCGUGACACACGCAAACAACCGGAGUGAAUGAAAAAAAAAGUCGAACCGCGUGUGAUAUAGGAGAGGAUAGGGAGUGCUGUCGGUGUGCGCAGUAUAAUAUACCUAUAUGUAGAUAUACAGAAGCUCGAGUCAGCUUUGUUGCUUCUAUGACGUUUGCAAAAUAUUUUUCGGUAGGCUAGAAGAAAAUUGUGCAAAGGUGGCUAAAUAAAUGACGAAUUUUCCUUUGUUUGGAAGAAACGUAAUUUGAGUUUGGAUAAAAAUUGUACAGUUUGAAAUACAGAACAACUGAGGUUUCAAUCGAUUUUCGCAGAUAAAAUCCUUUCACGUAGCAAUGCGACACAGCGCGAGAAUCGCCCGGGUGAAGAGAAACGAGCCCAGUCUGUGAGCAAUAAUGACGCUACUAAAUUAACUAUGUGAGAAAGCGUAAAGAUGUAUAACGUUGCGAUGAACUGUUUCCCAAACAAGUGCUAUAAUUGAAAAUCACCAGGUGUUACAAAGUUUUGAAAACGAAUCGUGCCCGCUAUAACAGCAAGCGUGAAGAAUAGAAGCAUUCUGAGGCAAUAGAGAGUCAACGAGGAUGGAUGCCACCGCUUCGGGCGGUGUGGUGUCUCCGAUGGCAAGGGUUGGCAGUAUGCUGGCCGCUGCUAUGGCGCAAAAUGUGACUGCCGCCAUUACUGGUGCCAGUACCGCCGCCAUUGAUGAUCCGUACGUAACCAGCUCCAUGAUGCCCCCGGGAGUUCCGACCAGCAAUCAUAGUAUAAGCGGCGGUGGCGACGAUGAUCAGCCGAGCAUUUCCAUGGAUAAUCUGUACCCGGCGUUGGUGCAGUGUUUCGCCAUCAUCAUUUGCGGCUACCUUGCCGGACGGCUCAACAUCAUUACCAACACCGAGGCCAAGGGCCUCAAUACCUUCGUGGGCACCUUCGCUCUGCCGUCGGUCAUUUUCCUCUCGCUGGCCGAGCUUAACUGGAGCACGGUCAAUUGGAACUUUCUGCUGUCGAUCUUGAUAUCGAAAACGAUCGUAUUCCUCGCCGUGGCCAUCAUCUCGCUGCUGGUGGCCCGCCCCGUCAACUAUGGCCGAGCCGGAAUUCUGGCCAUUUUCUGCACCCAAAGCAACGACUUUGCCAUUGGGUUUCCUAUUGUGACGGCGCUGUACUCGAAGUUGCAUCCGGAAUAUGCGUCGUACAUCUACCUGUUGGCGCCCAUCUCGUUGGCCGUUCUAAACCCGAUCGGCUACGUUCUGAUGGAGAUCUCCAAAAUUAGAGCGAAAGCGACGGAAGAAACACAGACUCUUCAGCAAACGCGUCGCCCAUCGAUCCCGCCCUGUUCCCAACUGGCCGAUGCUGACAACUCAAACCGCAAAUUCCUUAAAGGCAAAGUUCUAGUCGUUAUCAAAACCAUCGAGUCGAUCUUCUUCAACCCGGUGCUCUUCAUGACCGUCUUGGGCGUAAUCGGAGGACAGAUCUUCCGCAACGGCAUUCCCACCGUCCUCGCCAGUAUCCUGCAAGCCUUGGGCAACUCCUUCUCAGCGACAUCCCUGUUCCUACUAGGCUUAAGAAUGGUCGGCCAAGGGGCCACCCUGCAAGGGCCGGGCCUCAUCCUACCGGGCAUCCUGAUUUUGGUUAAGCUGUUGGUGCUACCGCUGGUGACCCGACAAACCGUGAACAUAAUCGGUGCCGGAGCAAACUUCUCCGAAACGACGGAUCUCAGCACGUUCGGGUUCCUGUACGGAACGUUCCCCUCGGCACCGGGCGUCUUCGUCAUAGCCUCGCAGUAUAAUCAGGACGUGGAUCUGAUCGCCAACAGCAUGGUGGCGUCGACCUUCAUCAGCGCUCCUCUGAUGUUCAUUUCGGCCAAGAUGAUCACGAUCACCAAUCUGAAUCCGUCCGAUUAUCUGAACGAGCUGGACAAGUUCGCGUUCGACAUCAGCAUCGUGGCCAUGUGCUGCUCGGUGUGGAUGCUGGUGCUGUUCACGCUGACGCGGAAGAUGAAGAAGAUGCCGCAUCGGAUAACGAGCUGCCUGAUCAUAUCGCAGCUGAUCUGUAACAUCGGGGUGAUCAUGUGGUCGACGUUCGAUCAGAACUCCGGAUGGAAGAUGUAUCUGCAGUUUUACUUCUUCACAAUCGGGUGCUACAGUAGCCGACUGUGGACAGCGUUCCUGGCUAUAACGAUUCUGUUUCUGCAGUGUCGAAGUCUGUGCUUCGUGCUGAAGCUGUGGCCGAUAUUUAUUGCCGCAGCUUGGGGUCUACCGACCAUCAUCGUGUCGCUCCUCUUUCUGCUGGACACGAAGAACAUCACUCCAACGGAGAAGCGCAACCCUAGUUUCCAGUACGGGAAUGCCCAGGCCGCGAUCGCCGUAUUUCUUCUAGUCAUGUGCUUCAUCGUUACCGUGGGCUGUUUGAUCUUGCACCAGCGAUUCAAGAAACGGCACGAAAAGUAUAUGACCCUCUCGAGGGAGGUGUCCUCGCCGGAAACGGACACGAGUACGCUUGGGGCUUCGUCGGUAACGAACUUGAUCCAGCAAUCUCCGACGGCAGCGGGUCAUCACAGCCGGACGGUCCACAGACGUCGACCAUCCGUUACUUCGAGUGAUGAUGAAAUUCUGAGAGGCGGCAGUGGGGGUUGCGGAGGUUCUAAUGGCGGGGGAUGUUGCAGUGCCGGAAACGGCGGUGGAAGUUCAAAUGGGGGACGAACUGUUGUAGACAUUGAAGAUUUGGUUGUUCAACAAAGCGUGAACAAUGAUCUUGAAAACGAGGAAACCAUAACAUCCAGCGGAAUGUGUUCGGCGCAGUUCAACUGUCCGUCCGCCUCCAAACAGCAGUGUCAAUCGUUGAUUGAGCAUUACCGCGAGCAGGCUCGCGACGGUCUGGAACCGCUGGAGUUCGACAAAACGAUCGACGAGCAUCAAACGCUCAAGCACAUGGUCCUCUUGAUUCUACUCCUCUGUUCCAUGUUCGUGGGUCUGGCCCUUUCGGUGUGGACCCUCAUCAUGGAAGGCAUGUCCGGAAUCUACGUCGAGCUGACCUUCCUGGAUGCUUUCCUCAACUUUGGCCAGAGCAUUAUAGUGCUGGCCGUAUUCAUCACCGACACCGGAGAACUGUUGCUACCGUUGAUGAAGUUUUGGCGCAAGGUCUGGUACGGAGCGAAUCUGCUCCAGCUUCCGAUUUGGAGCGAGCUGUCCGCCGAAACGCGACACAUCUGCGAUCAGUUUACGACGCAUCAUCUGGACAAUUGUCGCAAGGCGAUCGCCAGGGAUAAGAGAUGGCGCAUCCGUAUCUACAAGAAGGUGUUUUACGGCAACGUUUUCGUCGAUUGGCUGAUCGAGGUGGGUCUGGCCAAGGAUCGUUCGGAUGCAACGCACUAUGCGAGGCGCUUGAUCGAUGGCCGGGUGCUGCGGCACAUCAACAACGUGUACCACUUCCACGAUCGCAACCUGCUGUACACGUUCUGCGAUCGUUUGUAGGUUGGUAGUGGUUAGAUCGCUAGAUCGCCAUGAAUCAGGACAACCCCCCAACUCUGGAGUGCUUUGCUUUAUCUCGCAGCAGCCAGUAUUUCUAAGGAUUUAUAGACCAAAAAAGCAGAUGAUAAAUCGAAUCAAUCUAGGAAUAGCAAGGAUGCACAACUAAAAACUCCAAGAGUAUUCUAUUUCCCUAAAAAAGAGAGACGAAUCGUAACCGGUUACCAAAAAAGAGUAUCGAAAUGGAAAGUAUUGUGAUGACUACGACGGUACUCGUAGGUUUUAUUUGUUUAACUAGUUUUGUUUUGUAAGGCGAAUUUUGUUGAAUAAUUCCUAGUUUAGAUAUUUAUUAUCCUAUAUGACUUGUCGAGCAAGAAGCGGUAGGUAUGAUUGAGCAGCAUCGUGAUUCGUAUGAUUGUAAAUAUUUUAGUCUUUCUAGCGAAAGGAACACAGUAGGAUGAAACAAUGUAAAUUGAACAUAGAAUAUUUUAUGAAUGUAGUAAACGCUUUAAAGGUUCUCAAUCAAUACACACACAAAAAACUUGGUCUGAUACAAGCUACAAAUAGAAAUAUACAAAUAUGAAAUAUUUAUAGUAUUGAGCAACAUAA